AUGGCCGCCGCAGCGGCGGCGGCCGAUGCGGCUUGCGCCUCGCGACAGCUGCGGCUGCGGCGCCUGCUGCAAGUGGUGCCAGCAGAGCUGCCACGGGCGGUGCGACAGGCGCUGGAGGACCAACAGCUGGAAGGUUGGCGCAACUCUUUGUGGACGCCCUUGCUAGAAAAGUGCGGCAAGCAACGCGCCUGGCAGGAAGCUACAGAUCUUUUGAGCGUGGCACGAUGCCAUGGGGCCGCCCCCAGCAGCUACAUGCUGAAUCUGGCACUGCGCGCAGUGGUUUCGAGUGUUGCUUGGCAAGUUGCUUUGGGCCUUCUGUUCGAGGCAGAACACCAGAACUCCGUGUCCUUCAACACCACCGGAAUUGCAUUGGCGUCAGCGAAGCAAUGGGCACAGGGUCUGGCUUUGCUAGGUGCACAACGACAACUACAGAUUCCAUUGGACUUGAUCUCCUACAACACGCUACAGCACGGCCUUGCAGGCGGCAGCUGUUGGCGCUUGACGUUGCACUUGCUCGAGGCCAUGGGCAGCCCACUGCGGCCGCUGCGGCCCGACGACGCCACCUACAGUGCUGCCAUUGUCGCUUGCGGGCGUGCCCUGCAGCUUUCACAGGUGUUGCGAUUGGCGACGUGCGGUGGAGUGUCCAGUCGUAACGCGGCCAUUUCCAUCCGGACCCGCAGCCGCCAGCCGCGAGCCCAUCGAGUAGCCCUGCAGUUGGCAGACUCGCUGGGCGAUCGUCAAGAUGUGGUCACUUACACGAGCCUGGCUCACACCAUCCCAGCACAGGACCUGCUUGUCUCACUGCACCAAAAGCGCUUGGAACCCAACCAGCUGACGCUGCGCGCCCUACGCUCUGGUGCACGGCGGAGCAGCAUGCGUUCAAAUGGCACAGGUGAAGCGCCUGGAGCUUGGGCCCUUGCCCUCCAAGAGCUCCCCAGUGAUCAUGCUGAGCUUGGCGCACUGGCAUUGGGUUGUGCCCGGGCACACCAUUGGCGCGCAGCGCUGGGCUGUGCUGCGCCAAGGGCAUUGGGGGCACAGAUGGCGGCCAGCUACGCAUGUCAGGUGAUACAGGUUUUCAACCCCCACUUUGAAAAGGCCGCUGGUCGCUGGCGGCUCCUGGCCUCGGCGACCCACCGGGCCGUCGUGACCGCGGGGACCGUGGAGAAGAACGACGCUGAGAUGGCGUUCCUCGCGGAGGCUGAGGAGGAAUCCCGCAAUCUGGAGGCCCAACAAACUGGCUUUCACCAUCCGCUGCUAUCGUGGUAUCUCACCCGGGAAUCGAGAACGUCGUUGGCUAGGUUCCAAAAGCGUCAGCAUGCCAGGUGGGGUGUCCUGGAUCUCCUGCUGCCACCUGCGCUGAGUGGCACCCUGGGGCAAUUGCGAGUGGCCGAUCUCUGUGAGGACCGGCGGGGAUCUGUGGCAAUAACCAAAAUACCAGAGAUAGGGUUUAUUGGUGAUUUGAUCACCAGAAUGGGUUUGUGGAUUAUUAGCGAUUUGAUCACCAGAAUCUGGAUCUGUGGAUUAUUAGCGAUUUGA